CUUGAACAGAAGAAAGCCCUCGGAAGGCCUCUGUCCGCCUGCCUCUCCAGCUAAUUAGCUCAGCCUCCAACAAAGAUAAGUGAGCCAAGGAGGGGGACCCCCUGAAGGGUCUUUUGAAUCUGAGCAAUGUCUGAUUGGCAGAUGUUGAAAGAGAUUCUUCAGUAAUCCAGUUCAUCAAUGAACUGCAUACAUUCAGGACUCUACGGGACAGUCAGGCAUGUGGACACUUGCUGGAUGCAGCCUGGAAAAAGAGAGACCAAGAUGGACAGAACCUUGGAAUCGCUACAACAUAUAAUCUCCCAAGCCUUGCCUCACCGGGAUCCUGCCCUGGCAUUUAAAGACUUGAAUGUUGUGGCAAUGCUUCAGGAAUUCUGGGAGAAUAAGCAGAAACAGAAAGGAAUAUUUUCAAGUGAAGGCACCGUGCUUUAUGAGUCACUAAACUCACCUGGGCCGCCUUUUGUGAGUUAUGUCACCCUCCCUGGAGGAAGCUGCUUUGGUAACUUUCAGUGCUGCCUGAGCAGGGCAGAAGCAAGAAGAGAUGCAGCCAAAGUAGCUCUGAUCAAUUCUCUUUUCAAUGAGUUGCCUUGUCGUAAGAUCACAAAGGAAUUUAUUAUGGAGAGUGUUCAGGAAGCGGUUUCUUCAACAAGUGGUACUUUAAAUAAUGCUGAUGACCCAAGUACAAGUAUCGGAGCCUAUCAUUACAUGCUGGAAUCAAACUUGGGGAAAACCAUGCUGGAAUUUCAGGAACUGAUGAUAGUCUUUCAACUACUGCAUUGGAAUGGAAGCCUCAAAGCCUUACGUGAAACUAAGUGCUCUCGACAAGAGGUGAUUUCCUAUUAUUCUCAAUACAGUUUGGAUGAAAGGAUGCGAAGUCACAUGGCUCUGGACUGGCUUAUGAAGGAACAAGACACUCCAGGCAUUAUUUCACAAGAGCUCCAAGUGGCACUUCGAGAACUGGAAGAAACCAGGAAAGCUGGACAAGAGCUGCGGUUCUACAAAGAAAAAAAAGAAAUCCUAAGUUUAGCACUCAGUCAGCUGUACAGUGAUCAUAGUGCUGUUUCCUCAAAUGAUGAUCACAUGAGUCUAGCUCUGAGUGGCUACCGUUAGGGCAAGGUGGCUUGACCAGGCUGCAAUGGGCUAAUUCAGGAUUACUAAAAUCAAGGAGAAGCAACUGUUGGCCUUCAACAAAUUGUGUAAUGUGCAGAGUCUCAAGAUGGGAUUGUUGAGCAGCAGGGACAUCAUAUGCAAGUUCACAGCAAGGGUGGAGAGGUUCCUUCUACAUUACAUGGAAAAUACUCCAAAGCUGCCAUUACACAAUGUGAAAAUCUGUAUGACCAGGAAAAUUUUAGGGGUUUUUUUUUAAAAAAUGUAUAGUUUAGGAUUCUGACUUCUUUAAGAACAAAUACAAUCAUUGAUUAGCGAAGGCAAUUGUUAUUGUAUAAUCAAAAUAAAGUUGACUGAAUUGUC